AUGAUUCAGCUACUGUUUUUCGUUCUGUUUGUAGAAGGUGCGAUUGCGUUCUUACUGCUGGUGAAGAUUGGUCCUCUAAGGGAGCUUGUAAUAAAGAGCUUAGACCAGCUUAAAAUGGGGAAAGGUCCUGCCACUGUGAAAACCAUCGCUGGAACCAUGUCUGUAAUCCUCUUGUCGAAUCUCAUGAACAUCAUCAAGAUCCAGAACAAGGGUGCGAAACUUGGGACUAUGUCUCCUAUGGAUCAGGUCCUCUGGAGAACCCACUUGCUCGAGGCUUCUCUAUUGGGUGUUGUGCUCUUUCUCGGCUUCAUAAUUGACCGGACGCAUCAUUACCUAGGAAAGCUACUCACUUUAAGAAGCAAUGUCGGGUCAUCAAAAGGAGAAGUCGAACAACUUAGGAAGGAGAGAACCGAAGUGAAGGAGAAAGAAGAGAAGACAUCCAAGGAGAUUAAGCAGCUGAAGGAAAAACUGUCACGUGUUUCAGAGAGUCUGAAGAAAGUAGAGAAGGAAGCCAAAGAGAAAGAAACGAAGCUCGAAACAGCUGAAGCCCAUGUUACAGCUCUUCAAAAACAGUCUUCAGAGCUAUUGUUGGAGUAUGACAGAUUGCUAGAAGACAACCAGACUCUCCAAAGCCAGAUUUCGGUUGGAACCAAAAUCUUGAAAUGAUGUUAAGAUACUUGAGAGCCGUCUAAUAGGGGAAUUUAGAGUGUUUGUAACGAUUGGGUCCUUAUAGUUUAUGCAGAAGUGGUGUUUGGAUGAAUUCUAGUAACAUUUUACAGUUUUGGUUUCAGAAAGCUCACUCGCUUUUUCUUUUCUUCCAUUUGCUGGAAGGAAAUGAAUUUACCCAUUGAUGCUGUCUUUGAAAUGUUCAGUUUAUGAAAAAUUAAAUUUAUCAUCACGAAAAAGCCAUAUCAAUAUCAAGC